AUGGUGAUCGUUUUCAGAGACCACUUUGAUUUACCCACACAAUGGAACACGUCCGAUUCAAACCAUGGUUUACAAGUAACUGGUGACGAGAAAUUAAAAGUUUUAUAUAUAGGAGCCGGUCAAAAUGACGCCGAUGCAGCAUCAAUCCGAACAAAUAACUCGAUACCGACUGAAAUUGGUUUAUAUUAUUUUGAAGUCCUUAUAACAGACGCGGGUGAAUCAGGAUUUAUUGGUAUAGGAUUCGGUGUUCAUAAUGCGUUCCUUUGGAAACUACCCGGAUGGGAACCAAACACUUUUGGCUACCAUGGUGAUGACGGAAAAAAAUUUCGGUCAUCAUCAAUUACGGGACAUGUUUAUGGUCCAACUUUCACAACUGGUGAUACAAUUGGUUGCGGAAUAAAUUUUUUUAAUAAAACUGCUUUUUACACAAAGAACGGGAUUUGGUUAGGAAUUGCAUUUGAUGAAGUUACCCCCGGCGAUUACUAUCCUAUGAUCGGUUUGCGUACUAGGGGUGAAUGCGUUGAAGCAAACUUUGGUGAACGCCCAUUUAUAUUUGAAAUCGAAAGUUACGCAAAGGCAACAUUUAAAGAUGUUGAAAAAAAUAAAAUCAGAAGCGUAAGGUUAUGA